AUGGCCGAAGCACAGCCCGACGCAUCAGAGACUGCUGAUGCUUCUUCUUCCCAUGUCAAAUGCGAAGUCAAGACAUGGCAUCUGCUCCAAAAGGAAGACGGCACCGAGGAGAAGACGUCUGUCGAAGGCUUUGGCCACGUCGAGCCCUCGACAGAUCACUUUGCACUAGUCGUCACUCGGAAAAUGGAUAAGAACCACAAACUGGAGUCAACCACGCUGAAUGUCAACUCUCCUUAUAUCCUGAAGGCAUUCCGGGAUGUCAUCAAAUCACACCCGACCAUUCCUUCGGACUUUACAUCGUCGGUGUCUAUUCCUAUCCCUUCGGAAAUGCUGUUUCACCACUGGGAUGGCUUGCAGAGCUACUUUGAUGGACUGGAAAGCGAUACCGCCCGUUCCCAUCUCGCGCUGUUGCUCAAGUUUAUGGACUUUGAUAUGGGUGCUGUGAGAAAGAGCUACACGGCACAAGUACGCAGCGGUCUUGUCGAGUUCGCUAGACUGGGCAUCCUCUUCCGACCAGGCGAUACCGUGGUCACUUACGUCAAGGCUCACCCCUGGCUACUGAAAGUAGACAAGACUGCCUACGAGACUCAUGACAAACGAGGCAAAUAUUGCGAGCUCCAAUGUUCGUUUUCCGACUACGAUGGCGAAAAAUACGGUGUUUCCAAGCACGUGUUUCGUAUUUAUCAAAAAGAGGAUUUUGGCUCUGAUCACCCGUCCAAGAUCUUGGAACUUAAGGUGUUUCCGAGGGCGUGUGCGCCUGACGAUGCGGAUCUGGAGGCUAGAUUGAGGGAGCGUGGGCAAUUGUUUUUGUCUAUCACGGGUGCUAUGGUGAAGCAAUAUGAUGGCCCGGCUCAGUAUCUCAAGUUACCGCCUUUGUCGUUCUUUCACCCUGACGAAAAUGACUGGAAGCAACUCUGGAUGCCGUUUACGGAAACAGGAAGGGUCAUCAUUGACCGCAAAGCCUUCGAGCAAGACCACCCUAGCGGCAUUAUCAGCAAGCGACCCCUGGAGUCUUUGGACACUGCCCUGUGUCCACCGUAUGUCAUCGGAUUCUCCUGCAGCCGCAAAGACUGGUGUCGCUUCUACAUCACCUCUCUCUCAGAAGUACCUUGGAAACCACAAGCCUUCAACGAACUCAUCCUACCCCAAAGCCAACUAAACCUCGUCCGCGCCCUGGUAACCUCGCACACCUUUCCCACCUCCGCCCGCGACGAAGACCAGCAAAAAGGAAAAGGGCUGGUGUGUCUUUUGCAUGGCCCUCCAGGCUCAGGCAAAACUUUGACUGCAGAAUGCGCAGCUGAAACCACUCAAAGAGCACUCAUCCGCGCCUCCAUCAGCGAGCUAAACAAGCACGACUCACCCUGGGUUUUCGAGCAGGAAUUAACUCGCGUGUUGAGGCUAGCCACAACCUGGAAAGCCAUUGUAUUGCUCGACGAAGCAGAUGUGUUUCUCGAAGCCCGUGGCGAUGACUCCCAUGAUGCCUCCAACAGAAACGCGUUGGUCGCCGUCUUCCUCCGCCAUCUCGAGUACUUUUCCGGCAUUUGCUUUUUGACCACCAAUCGCAUUGCGGUCUUUGAUGCAGCGAUGAAGUCGCGCGUGCACCUGGCAUUGGGAUAUCAAGAACCUGCCAAAGAAGCUCGUCGCUUGAUCUGGAAGCAAAGUUUGGAUAAGAAAGAGGCAUAUUUGCUAGAUGACAGCGGCAAAGAAGUUGCUGUAGAUGAGGCUGCAGAGUUGAUGUCGACAGAGGCUUUGAACGGCAGAGAAAUUUCUAAUGCCAUUCAUACGGCAAGCACUUUGGCGAGAUAUGCUGGCCAGCCUUUGGCGUUGAGUCAUAUCAAUGAGGUGCUCGCUGUAAAGAGGGAUUUUGAAGUCACGCUGGAGGAGUUGAGAAAGACAAAUCCUUCGCGCGUAUCGUCUGUCACAACUACCACACCACGUUAG